UAUAUUUUUUAAACACAACCGUUACUGAAAAUAACUGUGAAAGUGCGCGUCCCCCAUUUCUUUACUAGGGUUUUGUAUCAGAAGAAAGCAUAAGGAUCGCUGCUACUUUCAAUUUCUGUCGCAAGCUGAACUAUUUCUUUCUCUCUUUUUCUCUGUUUUUCCUUGUAUAGAUUUUCUCUUUGAAAGCAUGGGAAAAAACGUCGUUUCUGAUGAAGAAGAUGAGUUGGAGGUCGACGAGGAAGGACAGCCCAUUGAGGGAGACACACUCAAUGACCGCGACCCUGAUGACGACGAUGAAGAAGACGAAGGGCAAGAUGAGUAUGAGAAUGACGGAUUCAUAGUUGAUGAUGUGGAAGAUGAAGAAGUAGAUGAAGAUGAAGAGAGGGAAGAUAGCGAUGAGGAGAGGCGAAAGAAGAAGAAAAAAAGAAAAAAGAAGGAAGCUGAGGACCUUGACGAAGAUGACUAUGAGCUCCUCCGGGAAAAUGAUGUUAAUGUACCAAAGGGUAGCAAGAAAUUUAAGCGGUUAAAAAAAGCUCAAAGAGAUUUAGAUGAGGAACGAUUUGGGCUGUCUGAUGAUGAGUUUGAUGGAAGCAUGAAGGGUGGGACAACUGCUGAGGAAAAGCUUAAGCGUACCUUAUUUGGUGAUGAUGAUGGACCACCUCUUGAAGAUAUUCCUGAAGAUGAAGACCAAAUAGAGGAGGAAGAAGAUGGAGAUAUGGGCGAAGAAGAUGAAAUGGCAGACUUUAUUGUAGACGAAGAAUAUGAGCAUGGAACUUCCGUUAGACGGAAGAAGAUGAAGAAUAAGAAGUCAAGGCAGGCAUCAGGAGCUUCGCAAUCUGCUUUAAAAGAAGCUCAAGAUAUAUUUGGUGAUGUUGAUGAACUCCUUCUGCUACGCAAACAGGGCUUAGAUUCUAAUGAAUGGAAAGAAAGGAGACUUGAAGAUCAAUUUGAACCCGCUGUUCUUUCUGAAAAGUAUAUGACAGAAAAGGAUGACCAAAUUCGGGUGAAUGAUAUUCCAGAAAGAAUGCAGGUUUCUGAAGAAAGCACUGGCACUCCUCCAGCAGAUGAAAUGAGCAUAAUAGAAGAGAGCACCUGGAUACACAACCAACUUAUAAGUGGUGCUGUACCUUUAUUUGGUAAAGAAAGGCAGAAUCUUUCUAUAAACAAGGAUGACAUCAUGAGGUUUUUGGAUCUAACACAUGUGCAGAAGUUAGAUAUUCCCUUUAUUGCGAUGUAUCGCAAGGAGAUGUGCCUAAGUCUGCUAAAAGAUCCUGAGCAACAUGAGGUUGAUGAUGUUGAUCAGGAUAAUUCUGACAAAACAUCUACAAUAAAGUGGCACAGGGUACUUUGGGCAAUUCAGAACCUGGACCGAAAAUGGCUACUUCUUCAAAAGAGAAAGACUGGUCUCCAGUCACACUAUAAUAAGCGAUUUGAAGAAGAAUCUCGUCGGGUAUAUGAUGAGACAAGACUUAACUUGAACCAACGGCUUUUUGAGUCGAUUCUUAAAGAUCUCAAGGAUGCUGAGUCAGAAAGGGAAGUUGAUGAUGUUGAUGCCAAGUUUAACUUGCAUUUCCCGCCAGGGGAGGCUGGUGUGGAUGAAGGUCAAUAUAAGAGGCCCAAGAGGAGAUCACAAUAUAGUAUUUGCAAUAAGGCUGGCCUGUGGGAGGUUGCAAGCAAGUUCGGAUACAGUGCUCAGCAACUAGGAUCACAGCUAUCUCUGGAAAAGCUGGGUGAUGAGUUGGAAGAUGCUAAGGAGACACCGGAAGUGAUGGCUUCAAACUUUACUUGUGCAAUGUUUGAGACUCCACAAGCUGUCCUUAAAGGAGCCAGACAUAUGGCUGCGGUUGAGAUAAGUUGUGAGCCAUCUGUCAAGAAAUAUGUUCGUGGUUUCUAUAUAGAGAAUGCUGUAGUAUCAACCAGUCCUACUCCUGAUGGAAAAAUAGCCAUAGAUUCUUUCCAUCAAUUUGCAGGUGUGAAGUGGUUGCGUGAAAAACCAUUGGGCAGAUUUGAGGAUGCACAGUGGCUCCUUAUCCAGAAGGCUGAAGAGGAGAAGCUUCUUCAAGUAACUGUUAAGCUGCCAGAAAAAUGUCUGAAUGACUUGAUUAAAGAAUGUGAUGACCUAUAUCUCAGUAAUGGUGUUAGUAAAUCUGCGCAACAAUGGAAUGAACAGAGGAAGCUGAUACUGAGUGAUGCUUUUUUUGGUUUUCUUUUGCCAUCAAUGGAGAAAGAAGCAAGAUCCUUAUUGGCUAGUGGAGCUAAGAACUGGUUACUUUUGGAAUAUGGCAAGGGUUUGUGGAAUAAAGUUUCUGUUGGGCCUUAUCAAAGGAAGGAAAAUGAUAUAAAUUCCGAUGAGGAAGCUGCACCUCGAGUAAUGGCUUGCUGUUGGGGCCCUGGGAAGCCUGCAACCACUUUUGUGAUGCUAGAUUCGUCUGGGGAGGUGCUUGAUGUGCUUUACACUGAUUCUCUUACAUUACGGUCUCAAAAUGUCAAUGACCAGCAACGCAAGAAAAAUGAUCAGCAACGAGUUUUGAAGUUCAUGACUGAUCAUCAACCACAUGUUGUUGUUCUUGGAGCUGUGAAUUUGUCUUGUACACGUUUGAAGGAUGAUAUUUAUGAGAUUAUUUUUAAGAUGGUGGAGGAAAAUCCUAGAGAUGUUGGGCAUGAAAUGGAUGAGCUGAGCAUUGUAUAUGGGGAUGAAUCUCUUCCCCGUCUCUAUGAAAAUUCUAGGAUUUCAUCAGAUCAGCUACCUGGCCAGUCAGGCAUUGUUAAGCGGGCCGUUGCACUUGGGCGUUAUCUUCAAAAUCCGUUGGCAAUGGUUGCAACUUUAUGUGGACCAGGGAAGGAGAUAUUGUCUUGGAGGCUUAGUCCUUUGGAGAACUUUCUCACGACAGAUGAGAAGUAUGGCAUGGUUGAACAGGUUUUGGUUGAUGUCACAAACCAGGUGGGCCUUGAUGUUAAUUUGGCUAUAAGUCAUGAAUGGUUGUUUGCCCCUUUGCAAUUCAUUUCUGGUCUUGGGCCUCGAAAGGCAGCAUCAUUGCAAAGGUCAUUGGUAAGAGUUGGAACAAUUUUUACUCGGAAGGACCUUUUGACAACCCAUGGACUUGGUAAGAAGGUGUUUGUCAAUGCAGUAGGCUUUUUGCGUGUCCGUCGCAGUGGGCUUGCUGCCAACAGUAGCCAGUUCAUUGAUAUGUUGGAUGACACUAGAAUACAUCCAGAAUCUUAUCUUAUUGCUCAAGAGUUGGCAAAAGAUGUCUAUGAUGAGGAUUUUAAAGGUGACAUUGAUGAAGAGGAUGCAUUGGAGAUGGCAAUAGAACAUGUUAGGGACCGGCCUAGUUUGUUGAAAAGUCUUCGUCUUGAUAACUAUCUAGAAAGCAAGAAGCGUGAAAAUAAGAGGGAGACCUUUUAUGAUAUAAGAAGGGAAUUAAUUCAGGGCUUUCAGGAUUGGCGUAAACAAUAUAAAGAACCAAGUCAAGAUGAGGAGUUCUUCAUGAUUUCAGGUGAAACUGAGGAUACCCUGGCAGAAGGUCGAAUUGUGCAAGCUACAGUUCGCAGAGUGCAAGGUGGACGAGCUAUCUGUGUACUUGAAUCUGGAUUGACUGGAAUGAUUAUGAAAGAAGACUAUGCAGAUGAUUCAAGAGAUAUUGUGGAGUUGUCUGAUAGGCUGCAUGAAGGUGACAUCCUGACUUGCAAGAUUAAAUCAAUUCAAAAGAAUAGGUAUCAGGUUUUCCUGGUUUGUAAAGAUAGUGAGAUGAGAAGCAACAGAUACCAGCAUGUCCAGAACCUUGAUCCUUACUACCAUGAGGAGCAAAGCAGUUUACAGAGUGAGCAAGAGAAAGCUCGUAAAGAGAAGGAGCUGGCAAAGAAGCAUUUUAAGCCAAGGAUGAUUGUCCAUCCACGCUUCCAAAAUAUUACUGCUGAUGAAGCUAUGGAGUAUUUAUCUGACAAGGAUCCUGGAGAAAGUAUUAUCCGUCCCAGUUCGCGUGGGCCUUCUUAUUUAACUUUAACUCUCAAAGUUUAUGAUGGAGUUUACGCUCACAAAGAUAUAGUUGAAGGUGGAAAAGAACACAAGGACAUCACCAGCCUGCUUCGCAUCGGGAAGACAUUGAAAAUUGGGGAAGACACUUUUGAGGAUUUGGAUGAGGUAAUGGAUCGAUAUGUUGAUCCCCUUGUGUCUCAUCUAAAGGCAAUGCUGAGUUAUCGUAAGUUCAGGCAGGGAACUAAAACAGAGAUUGAUGAGCUUCUAAGGAUUGAGAAAUCAGAGUAUCCUAUGAGGAUUGUGUAUUGUUUUGGCAUUUCUCAUGAACAUCCGGGCACUUUCAUUCUUACUUAUAUAAGGAGUACAAAUCCACAUCAUGAGUAUAUUGGCUUAUAUCCCAAGGGAUUCAAGUUCAGAAAAAGGAUGUUUGAGGACAUUGAUCGUCUGGUUGCAUAUUUCCAGAGGCAUAUUGAUGAUCCACAGAAUGAGUCAGCUCCAUCAAUUAGAUCAGUUGCAGCAAUGGUACCGAUGCGGAGCCCUGCUGCUGGAGGCUCUGCAGGGGCAUCUAUGGGUAGUGGUUGGGGUGGUUCAAACAAUGAAGGUGGUUGGAGAGGCCAGUCUUUUGACAGGGGUCAAUCAUCCACUCCAGGGUCAAGAACAGGUAGAAAUGAUUACAGAAAUAGCAGUAGCCGAGAUGGGCAUCCGAGUGGUGUACCACGGCCAUAUGGUGGGCGUGGACGUGGUAGGGGCUCAUAUAACAGCAGCAGAGGACAUAACGAGGGGCAGGAUUCAUCUUAUGAUAAUGAUACUCCCAAAUGGGAUUCAGGUACCAAGAAAGGGGAUGAUGGUUGGGGUAAUUUCCCGGGUGCUAAAGUUCAAAACUCUCCAGGUAAGGAAGCUUUCCCUGGUGGGUGGGGCGCUGGUGGAACUGAAAGUGGAAGUGGAACUGGCAGUGGUUGGGGCCAAGCAAGUGGUGGUACUGACAAUGGUGGUUCUGGCUGGGGAUCUGUUCCCAAGGGCAGUAGUUCUGGUGGCUGGUGAAGCCUAUAUCUCUAGAGUUUAGUUAGUAGCCUGUCGUCCAUAUUCACUCUUGGAAUUAUUACAUUGCUGACUAAUCAAAUGAUCAUAUUAGUUCUGCACAUGUAGUGUCUAAAUUUUAUUUUUAGAUUCAGCGAAGUUGAUAUCUAACAUCGACUUAUGCCAUGUUUGAUAGGAUGGGUGAAAAUUUUUUAAAUUUAACGGUCAUUAUUUGUUCUUUUGUAGUUUGUUGAUGGUAAUUCCGAUUAAGAUGAUUAAUAUACGGGUGAUAAUAAUUCG